AACCACCACUUGCUACAAAUAGGGGUAUUGUGAAUAGUAUUAAGACAAACUCUCGUGACCCUUGUGAGGACAAGCGGCUGGGGUAAUGGAUGGAUGGAUGGAUUUAUUAAACUGUCAGGGGCAUGGCUAAGCCACUGCUGUGGGCGGUGCUUCCCGUGAGGGACAUGGCCAAACCACUGCCCAAGGCGGUACCACCUCCGACAGCUGUCACAGAGCUGUGUCACAUUGGGACACUAAUUAGACCAGGCAUUUAAGUUGUAAACGGCAUUUGCCAGUCAAACAUUGUACAUUCUGAGAAGAUUCACACUACAUGAUGUAUCUCCUGGGAAUUAUCAUCUCUAUAUGUGGGAACUUCCUCAUCAGUGUUUCCCUCAACAUACAAAAAUAUGCCCACGUCUGUCUGUCUCUGCAAGGCUCCAAGCCUUACUACACCUCUGUGCGGUGGUGGUGUGGUCUGGUUCUCAUGGGGGUUGGGGAACUGGGGAAUUUUGCUGCCUACGGCUUUGCCCCAGCAUCCCUCAUAGCCCCACUGGGCUGUGCGUCAGUUAUAGCAAGCGCUCUAAUUUCUGUGAUUUUCCUCAAGGAGACUCUCUGCGUCUCCAACAUUGUUGGUGGCACCCUGGCAAUAACAGGGACCUACGUAUUGGUGACGUUUGCUCCCCACACGUCCACUCACAUUACAGCCCAUCUGGUCCAGUACUACGUGAUCAGCUGGCACUUCCUGCUGUACCUCAUGAUUGAGGUCAUCGCUUUUUGCAUCCUGCUCUUUCUAUACAAAAAGAAGAAAAUGAAGCACAUUGUUAUUGUGAUGCUGCUGGUGGCCCUGCUCGCUUCUCUGACGGUCAUCUCAGUCAAGGCUGUCUCAGGAAUGAUCGCAGAGACGAUAAAAGGUCAUCUGCAGCUCAUAUACCCCAUCUUCUACGUCAUGCUCGUCGUCAUGGUGGCUUCCUGCGCCUUCCAGAUCAAGUUUCUCAAUCAGGCAAUGAAAAUGUUUGAUGCCACAGAGGUGGUUCCAAUCAACUUUGUGUUUUUCACUGCAAGUGCCAUUGUUGCAGGAAUCAUCUUUUACCAGGAAUUUGAAGAUUUGGCACUACUGAAUAUUUUCAUGUUCCUUUUCGGAUGUUUGCUAUCCUUCCUAGGGGUUUUCCUGAUUGCCAGAAACAGGCCAAAAGUAAAACAGGAAUGCAACUUUAUAGCCAUGGAUAUUGUCCCUGGAAAGAGACUUACAGACAGAGUGCAGCCUGAGACCAAAACUCAAACAUACGGAUCGUUGGCAGCCAAGUUUAUGUGCAACAGAGGUGACCAAACUGAAGAGUCUUGGGAUUUCUCCCAUCUGCUGAGACUGAGGAAGUGUAAAUGCCUCCUAAAAAGUAAAUCUGCAGCCUAUUUUAAGACAUUCUCUGGACAACCCUCUUAUCUGCAGUACCAGAUAACAAAAAUAGUGACAAGGAGGUAUUAGCAACUCCCAAAAGUGGAACUUCAUGUGACAUGACUAGUUCUGUCUCUCUCACUCACACUCACACACACACACACACACACACACACACACACACUCACACACACACACACACACACACACACCUCAGAUCUUAUUUAAAAAGAAAAAUGUUCCAUCAGUGUAAUGAUUUGCACAUUAAAGCAAAAUGUAAAAAGGUGCGGUAUGCUUUUGGUGUAUAUGUCAGUUACUGACGGUGGUUUGUGGGCCAUGAAAAAAGAUUGGACCCCUUCUUAAAUUCUUAUAUUUUUGCAGUUUCCCCAGUUCCAGAUCAAACUAAUGGAAAUAAAACGCCCAACUGAUCUUAAAAUGCUGUUUUUUUUUUUUUUUUUUUUAAAUGAUUUUAUUUAAGGACAAAACGUUUCAAAGCUAACUGCCCCUGUGUGAAAAAGUAAUGCCCCUCCCUAAACUGAAACACUGUUUGGGCCAACCUCAGCAACAACAACAAAAAUCAAGUGUUUGAGAACUGGCAAUGAAUCUCUCACAUCUCUCUGGACAUCUUGUUGCCCACUCUUCUUUGCAGGAUGGAAUUCAGCAAAAAAAUAGAGGGUUUUCAAAUAUCUACGGCCUUUUUAAGGUCAUGCCACUGCAUUUCAAUUGGAUUCAAGUCUGGACUUGAAAUAAGCCAUCCAUAACUUUUUUUCUUCCAAAGGCCACUUGGUGUGUUUUGCAUCGUAUUGUGCUACAAAACCUAAUUGAGCUUCAGAUCGAAGUUACAAAUUCAUGGUGGAAUAUUCUUCAGAAUUCAUGCAGACUUCACGGUGCCCUCAAUCAUAGCAAGUCGACCAGGUCCUGAGCUGAGACAGGAGGCCUCGAGUUCUUUCACAGUUGUGGUGAGUACCUUUGUGGCCUCCUGGAUCGGUCAGUUCUGUUCUCUUGCAGUCAUCUUUUUCUCCAUGUGAGAUUAAUGACCCUGCCUGUGGUUCUCUGGAAACCUAAAGCUUUACAAAUGGCAUUUGUAACCCUUUCGAGGCUGACAGAUGAAUACUUUUCCCCCACUCUUCUGGAGUUUUAUUUUUUUUGCAUGAUGUAAUUUUGUUUAUUUUUAGCUUUUUCCACACAGGGCCAAGUCACUGAAUUUUUUUCCCCUUGAUGAAAUCAUUUAAAAAUACCAUUUCAAAGUUGACUUGGGUUAUAUUUGUACAUUAUUUACAUUUGUUUGAUGCUCUUACAAUGGGGAAACUUUUCAAAAAUAUGCGCGGACAGGCCAAUGCUUUUUCUUUCCAUUUCACCUCAAAUAAUCCAAACCACAUGAAGACUUAAAUCUAAAAUUGAGUUGCCAAGCAAACAAAUCUUUAAUUCCCUCUUAACACCCACAGAUUAUGGGAUGUGUAUACAAGACGAAACGUUUAGGGAGGAGUCUGCCCCUUCUCUCACAUUGCCUCUGCUGUGUCAUAUAGUGUUGGUAUUUUUGUUCCUGCUGGUGAAUGUGAUGCAUGUAGGCUAAAGUGUUGGUUUUCUUCUGUUGAGGAAAAAGGAAAUAUGGUUGAUGAAAUACUGUUAACUUUGGGGUUAAAAAAUGUAAAUACAAUUGUACUUGCUCAUGGGGGAAUAUGCUUGGAACAGAUAAGGAAACAAAUGUUCAUGCAAGCACAUCAGCUUGAUGUUGACAGAUGUAAACAUAGAAAGAAACAUCGAUGGUUGGUUUUGUUCUUACAGUGCUUGG